ACGAUUUAGUUUCUCCUUCAACAGCGUUAUAUCUGAAUGCGAUAGACUGUGUAUAUAUCUAAAUUAUGAUUAUUCUUAUCAUUUUCUAUUAUUUGGUGUUGAGUUACCGAUUUCGUUUGUCAGUUGGAGCAGUAGGCCUAUGUAACAGCAAUGUACCGAGACAUCUCGAUGGUGAGAUAUUGAUUGGGGGAAUAUUUCCUAUUCACGAGCGGUCUAAAGUGAAUACCAGUUGGACUAAAGGGCCGCCGACGGAAAAAUGUAUGGAUUUUUAUGCUCCUUACUAUAUGGCGGCAGCUGCGGCUAGAUUUGCCGUAAUGGAGAUUAGAGAGAAAAAGUACAUUGAUUUAGGGAAUUUGAAACUCGGGUACAAUGAACAAGAGUUUUGCAACUCCCCAGUGUCAGCAGCGGCGGCAACAUUAAACCUGACACAAAAUUAUAAAGUGAUGGCGAUCGUAUCUGGUGCUUUGUCUAGUAGUACGAUCACCAUAGGACCGAUUGUUGCACAUUACAGCAUCGCCACCAUUGCAACGUGGGCUACCAGUGAACUGUUAACAGACAAGAACAUCUAUAGAACUCUUUUUCGGACAGUUCCUAGCGAUAGGUGGCAGUCACUGCUUCUGGCAAACAUGUCCGAGUGGUUUAAUUGGAAAUGGGUUGGUGCAGUCGCCACUGAUGAUUCGUACGGACGGAGCGGUCUCCAGAUAUUCAUAAACGAACUCAAAGAUAAGGACAUUUGUGUCGCAUUUGAAACAUAUCUACCGGUUAAUGGCACCAAAGAACGGGAUAAAUUUCUAGAGCAACUGGCAAGCUCAACAGUCGAGGUUAUCUUCUUCUACGCUACGGUUGACCUAGACUUAAAGGGUUUCUUCCAGACUGCGGACGAUAAGGGAGUAUCACCUAAAGUUUGGAUAGCAACGGACGGUUGGGCGGAUAUAUCUAAGGAGUUUUAUAACUACAGUAGUGUUGCGUCAGUACUUGGUGUAACUAUUAGCGAUAAACGACUACCGAAGCUCCUCGAUCACCUUGCUAAAUUCGAUACAAUCCAGAAACACAACAGCAUACAUUUCCUAGAGAGUUUCGUCAAGUGGAUGUGUAAAACGAAAAUAAUUACGACGCAAAAUUGUAGUGACAAGAUAUUGUGCAGGGAAAACAUCGACAAUAAGACUAUCAAUCUCAUCGAAUCUGCUGCAAAAAAUUAUUUACAGUCAGCUACCAACUACGAGGCCUACACAACGUAUAUUGCCGUAUAUGCCAUUGCACAGGCACUUAAGGAUAUCCAGGAAUGCAAGUCUGGAGAGGGAAUCUUAGACGAUGGCAAGUGUCCGACUAUAGAUAAGCUAGAUAGAUGGCAACUUGUUCCUUAUUUGGAGAAAGUAAAUUUUAGCGAUAACAACGGAUCUAGUUUUCAGUUUUCAGAAGAUAGACAAACUAAUCCCUCAUACAUCAUCUUAAAUGGUAAACCUUCAGAAGAUGGAAUCAUUGAAUUGGAAAAGGUGGGCUCAUAUAAGCAUGGCAAAUUGGACAUAAAUGAUUCUGCCAUUUACUGGGGCACAGGCGAGAGACAAUUUUCUCUUUCGAAAACUGGGCACAGCAAAAUCAUUCUAGUAGACGGUUUUCAAAUACUCACUAAGUGUGCAGAUAUUGAGUUGAACUGGAAAGAGAGGAAAUCAGUGAUGGACAGCAAGGAAACAGCUGACGAGUUUAAGGGAAAAUUAGAGAUGAUGUUCAGUGGUGCAUUUUCAUGUCUCAAAAUUAUGACUGGCCUUGAGGUGGGACUUUUUGAGGUUUUGUCACAAUUCACAGAACCUAAGUCAUAUGUCGAGAUUGCAGAUGCAGGAAAGCUGAAACCAAGGUACAACCAGGUACUAUAG